AUGCCAUUUAUUGGACGAGAUUGGCGUGCAUAUGGUGAACAAUGGACAAAAACUGAUAUUGGUUCAUGGGAACAACAAAGACGACUUUCAUUAACAAGUUCAUCAAUAAGCUUAAAUUCAAGUUUAUCGGAUGUAUUCAAUGCUCUUGAAAUAGUUAAUUCAGUUAGUAAUAUUCGACGUUUUAAUUAUAUUGCUAAAGUCGUACAAAUUUUAUUCAAAGAAAAAUUAGGUGAAUUAAGUGGUAAUGCACAACGUUCUUUAUUUCAAGUUAUUGAACGAAUGAUUGAUAUGGUUCUUAAAACAGGAGAUAAUAUAUCAUUAAUGCAACGAAUAGUUACACAAUUUCACAGUUCAAUACAAUCUGCAUAUCCAUUUUAUUAUUACAUUGGUUCAGCACUAUUAUGGCAACGACAUAUUAAAAUGUUAACAAGAAUGCAAGAAACAAUAAAACAAGUUCAAACAAAUAUGAUUACAAUCGAUGAAGAUAAUAGUAAAUUAACAUUUGAUUAUCUUCCAGUUGAUAUGCAACGAGAAGUUAUAAGACGUUUAGAUAAUGGUACAGAUAUAGUUAAUAUUGGAAUGAUUAAUUCAAAUUUAUAUAGAGUAUCACAAGAAUUAUUUAUAUGGCGUCAAUUAUGUCUUUAUCAUUUUGAUGGUGAUACGCAAAAUAGUAAUAAUUCUAAAUUAGGAGAAAAAAUUCUUGGAUUAAUGAGAAAACAACAAGAUGAUAUUGAUACAAAUAAUAUUGAUUGGAAAACAGCUUAUUUUAAAUUAAAACGACAACAUGGCCUUCGCGAAGUUUAUGCUGAAAUGAUACAUCAAUGUCAAUUAUGUAAAAGUCUUUUUUGGCAGGGUUCUGAUCAUUCAUGUCCAUAUGACACACUUUCACCUUCAUCAAUACCAAUAACACCAAGAAAACUUGUUACAAUGUUAGUAUAA